AUGGAAGGGAAAGUUCGUGUCAAACUCAAAUCAUUUGAUACUCUAAAUUCAAUCAUUGCUUUAAAACUUACCAAUCUCGGUGAUCUUUUCCUUAUUCCUGCCGAUAGGAAAGUUGUCGUUUUCGGUCUUCCUGCCUGUUCGAUCAGUCACCUUCCAGGAUUUAUCAGUAAAGCCUCUGAGAUCAAAUCAAAGGGAGUUUCAGAGAUCUAUUGCUUAGCAACCAAUGAUGCAUACGUCAUGUCUGGCUGGGGACGCUUCACAAAAUCAGGCGAUCAAGUUCAAAUGAUCAGUGACACCGACCUCAAAUGGUUAGAGCCGGCUGGUUUAACCAUCGACUUAAGUGAUCACGGUCUCGGUACGAGAGCCAAUCGAUUUGCUCUCAUCAUUGAUGACUUGAAGGUUACCUAUGUUGGAGUUGAAAAGAGUGCAGGUGACGUUUCAGUGUCAGGUGCAGAUGCAGUACUUCCUAAACUUUAA